CUUUUUUAAGGUUUAUGUGUGAAACUUGAAUCUAGUUUAUGACUAAAUCUAUAAAAUUUGUUAAAUCGAUUUUAAACCGUUUUCCGUAUUCUAAGCAAAAAAAUCUAAGGCAUCAGAAAAUAAAUAUUAACAGAAGAAAAAAGGAUUAGGAAAAUGGAUAUUUCUGCAUUUAUCUCUCCACUACAGGCAGUUCAUGUUCUUUCCAUAUUUAAUUAUCUAAACACUCUCAGCGAUGUUCUUUAUGCGGAAAAUUUUUUGAAUGAUCACGAUCAACACAAACCAAUUCCAGUUAUCAAUGCCAUGUAUCAUUAUAUUCUAAAAGAAAACAAUUCUGGACAAAUUGAUAUUCAUUACCGAAAGUGUCACUUGACAAGACAACUAAUAAACGGAACUGAUUUGUACGGGGCAAAAGAACACGAAAUACCCGAUCCUUAUUACAUCGACAUGCUGUUCAAUCACAUUGUUAAUAAUCUGGUUUUUGAUAGAUUCACCAAUGUUUUUGGAUUUAUUGCCGAAGUCGCCAGAAAUACAGAAAGCGAUUCGUUACUUCAAUUGUUGAAUAAUUUAAAAGAAACGCUAGCUUCAUUAAAAUACGAAAACGAAUACGGUGAUGAUUCACAACUUGAUCCCAUUGUUGUUGAUCAAAUUUUCAUCGAAUUAAUCGAACCACUAUUUCCGCGUCCUAAAAAUUUAUCACUACAAUUCACAUCCAUUGAUUAUAUUUACGCACAAGCUGGAAAAAUGUUUCUAAAACUCGAUCAAAGCGACACGAUAGUUGAUCCGGUAUUAAUUCAAGUUAAUUUGACAAAAGACAUUGAGAAACAAUAUCAAGAAUUCAUUGAAAUUGCCCACUUUGUUGAACAAUUGAUACUAUCAGAAAAAGUCGAUAAAACAGCUUUGAAAAUUUUUGCCCUACCUGCAUUAAUUAAUUAUGUUUAUAAAGAAAAAGAAAAUUUACAAUCAACAAAAACUGUUGCCAUUUUGAGUAGUCCUAAUCAUUGGAAACAGGCGUUUAGACAUCUUUUUACCUAUGUGAAUGAUGCAUUUUUAUCAAUGACUACAAAACAGGAAAAGGACUAUAGAUAUCAAUUUUCUUUGGCUUUAGCAAACUACAAAAAUCGCAGUACAAUAGCAAGGGAAUUACUCGAAAUAAAUUGUGCUUCAACAUCAGAAGCAGAAAUGCAACAAGAAAUAAUCAACUAUGAAAAUAAUCCACAAGAUUACAAAUGUUUGAUUUCAGAAGAUUAUCAUUCUCUACCUGAUCUAAAUAGUCUUUAUCAUGACAUGAUAAACAAUAUUACAAAUAAAUACUACAUUUAUGAAUUGGAAUCAUCCAAAAUGGCUUUUGGGAAAAAUUUCAUAAAUCAAAUGGACAAUACUCAUGUUGUCAUAUCCAAAGGAUUGAUUCAUUAUGUUUACAGUGGUUCUAUGACUAUUACAGCAGAGUCCGUGCAAUUAGUAAGUGAAUCUCAUGAUUUAUUACAGUUCUACUAUCCCAGAACUUCAAAAUACGAAUACUAUGCACUGGUUCGUAAAGGUUACAACGUUUCCCUAAUUCGAGAAGCCAAUGAUCCAGAAUUAUUCCGCAAAUCUCUUGGUUUACACGAAUACGAACCACUACGUGACAAUUAUUUUCCCACAGUACUGAAAACAAAGGAGGAAAAAUUUGAUCAAUUUUUAACGAGAAUUGCUCAAGAACGUUCGGAAAUAUUUCGGAAAAAAUUAGAAACAACUGGAUAUGACGAGACUAAUCAAGAAUGGUGGACAAAUUUUGCCUUAUCACUUAUUCCAUUUUACACAUGCAUUAAGGAUAUCAAGGGAAAUAAUAUCGACGAAGCAAAAUUUGUAUGUCCACUUGAUGGUGUAUUUUUAGUUCCAAUUGCUAAGGAAAUUGGUCUAUUUCUUAUAAAAGCAGCUCAAGUUGCUGAAAAAGCAAUUGUAUCCUUAACGGAAACAACCAUGAGAACAGUUUUGAUAAGAACAUCAUUGCGUACAACACUACGAAUCACUGAAAAAUCCCUAAUUGCCGAAUUCGCCCGUUUCGAAGAAUUAUUCACUGAUAAAACAUUAAAAAAUAUAGGAAUUUCAUUGAUUCGUCUCAUAGAUCCUGGAUUUGAAUUGGCGUUCACAAUCGGACAAAAAGGAUUAAGAACCAUUAAAUCCCUAGUGAUUCAAGCGGAAAGAAAAUUUUCCACUCUAUCCCAAAUAGUAAAAUCAAGAUUAACUAGUGCACAAUACACACUAAGUCAUUUUAGCAAAAAAUUAGAGUAUAAAUUCGGAAAAGACGUCUACCUAACUUACGUUUUCAGUAAAGACGUUGGUUACGGUUACAAAUAUAUUCCAUUGAAAAAUAAAAUUGCCGAAAUCCGAACAAUUCAUCCAUUAAAUGAAGAAUUUCCCCUUGUCCAUCGUAGUGGAGAAUCAAAAAUAUACGAAAAAAUAGAUUUAGAAACAGAGAGACUAAUCGGCGAGGAAUAUUUCAACGACGAAGAAGGUAUUGUCUCCGAUGAACAAUCAUUUGAAUUUAAUAUCAUCAAUAACGAUAAUGAUGUACUAGUAGAAGGUGGUAAAAUAAUGACAUCCCUGUUGCAAACUUUCAAAUCAAGAAAAACUCUUCAAGAAGCUGUUGAUUUAGCUCUAAAGAAAAGAAAACUACCAGAAAUCGAAAUACGAAACGAAUUGAAAAAAUAUGCCUUCCCACAAUCGGAGAGAAUGGAGAUAAAUUUUGUACACGAAUGGAUGAACAAUCCAGAACUAAAAACACCUCUUUGGGCCGAAAAAUAUAAACUCGAAGAGCCUGAUCUAUUCUUUCAAUUGAAAUACAAAGAAACAAUGGAUACACCACAUUUAACGAUUGACGAUGCAAAAGAAAAAAUUAAUGCCCUAUAUCCAAAAGAACAGCAUUCGGAUAUUAUCAAAGAAUUACCAGUCGAACAAUUAUUAAUGGAUUUUAAAGAUAAGCAAGCAUACAAUUCGGCAAGAUUUGAAGAUUACUAUGCAUUAAGAUGGUAUGGAGGAAGUGGAUAUAGAAAUAUGGCAGGAACAACACACGAUGCAAGACGAAUGAAAAAUGCCAUCUACAAAUUAGCAAUUAGACAAUCGGAGAGUCCUAAUGAAGAAUUCGCCUCAAAAUUAUUCCGAGGAGAAGGAAGACUUCCAGAAGCAAUCGAGAAGGAGCUUUCGAAUAUUAAUGGAGAUUUUGAAUUUAGACGAUUUACAUCAACAUCAACUGAUGUUAAUACGGCGAUUACAUAUUCUUUAAAAGGACAAUCACCACGUACAAGAGUUAUGUAUGUAAUGUCAUUUAGGAAUCCAAUUGUCAGAGCAAGGGUCGAAGAUCUCUUUGUCCUUACCGAAAAAGAGACAAUUCUACUUCCGGGUACUAAAUUUCAUAUUGAUAAAAUAGAUAGGUAUGUCGAUGAAUUGGAAUCGGGAGUUAAGCAAAAUUGUAUUCGAGUCGAAAUGACGCAUAUUGAUGUACCAAAGGAAGAACGACAAAAGGAGAUUAUGCACGAAAUUCAUAAAUUGCAGAAAACUGAUACUAUUUUCUAUCCGGAAGAGGUUUCUACGAAUUAGUUUCUAAACGUUAUUCGCACACUUAAUCAUUUAGACCCUAAAAACGAUUUUUCGAUCAAACUAUCGCGAAUAUGUUACAUAAAAUUUUACUUCUGUAUUUAUUUUUAUAUUUAAAAUAAGUUAAUAAAAAAAUAAAAUAUCUUAA